CGGCGGCGUCCGGGAAGCGGCGGCGGCCGCGGGACCGGCGAGGCCCGGCCGGGCAUGGGCGGCACUGCCAGGCCUUGAGGGCUUCGGUGCCUCUGGAAAUGCGGUGACCCGGUGGACGAGGCUCAGAAUUCAGUCUCCGCGCUCGGAAGCUUUAGACAGUGCCAGCUGUUAAACGCUGGCGGUCGUGGCUUUCCCGAGGACCUGCGUGUUUCGGGUCCGUCCCGCUGUCGAGCGCUAAAAUGUUUGCCAAGCUGAAGAAGAAGAUCGCGGAGGAGGCGGCGGUGGCUCCCCGGCCCGCAGGAAGCGCCCGCAUGCCCAGGUCUGUCAGCAAGGAGUCAAUCACGUCUGUGGGAGCAGACUCCGGGGACGACUUUGCUUCUGAUGGAAGCAGCUCCAGAGAGGAUCUUUCAUCCCAGUUGCUGAGAAGAAAUGAACAAAUACGAAAACUGGAGGUGAAGCUGUCAGAUUAUGCUGAUCAGAUCCGAAAUCUGCAGAAGAUAAAAGAGAAGCUUGAAAAUGCAUUAGAAAAGCAUCAGGAUUCCUCCAUGAGGAAGUUUCAGGAGCAGAAUGAAGCUCAUCAGGCCAGUCGAGCCAAGAUGGCUGAAGGAAUGGCUUUGGCCUUGGAAAAGAAGGACAAGGAGUGGAUGGAAAAACUCAGUCAAGUUGAAAAGGAAAACAAAAUGCUUCAAACACAGUUACAAGAAAUGAGGGAGCAGAGUUUGAACCUUUUCCAAAAACGAGAUGAAAUCGAUGAACUGGAGGGCUUUCAGCAGCAGGAAAUUGCCAAGGUUAAACACAUGCUUUUGCAAAAGGAAGAAUGUCUGAGCAGAGCCGAGCGGGAGCUGAGCCGCGCCCGGGCGGAGCUGCAGGAGGCCUCGGGGCUCAGGAGGGAGCUGCAGGAGCUGCAGCAGCACUGCCUGCAGCUGCAGGCCCGCAGAGAUGAACUAAUGACAGCUGAGACAAAUGCAGAAAAUAAGAUCACUGCUCUGGAGUUAAGAGAACAGGAGCUACAAACUGUCAUUCAGCAGCUUUCUGUAGACUUGCAAAAUGCUCGAGUGGCUGGUUCUGGUUGUGAGAAGAGACUGGAAAUUCUACAAGUGGAGCACGAAUCCCUGAAGGUGGAAUAUGAGCAACAGAAGCAAAAGAUGACUUUUGAACUUGCUGAGAGAGACAGACUUACUGAACAGCUGCAGGAAAAGGUGUCUUCCCUGGAAAAAAAGCUAGAAAGAAAUCUCUCAGGAGAUGAGCAUGUGCACGAGCUGCUCAAAGAGAAAGCUGCUCUUGAGCAGAGGCUGGAGGAGAGCAGGCAGCAGGUGCUGACAGACAGGACACAGCACAGCCAGGCUCUGAACCAGCUGGAAACACAGAAUAAAGAACUGGAAGAGAAACUACGGAUUGCCACAGAAACAUUGAAAAAGAGCAAAGAAACAGCUGCUGACCAGGAUCUGAAGAUCCAGAAGCUGCAAACUGAUCUAGAGGAUGAAAGAAAACUGCAGCAACAGAUUUUAAGCGAAAAACAUCAGUAUGGUGAGAAGGUUACUGGGCUGGAGUCUCAGAUCACUGCUCUUGAAAAAGCUUGGGAAUUGGAUAAAACAACAACUCAGCACAGGAUUAGCCAAUUGGAAAAGGAAAAUGAAAUCCUCAAGGGCAGCAAGGAAGGGUAUGAGAGUUCAUUAAAACAACAAGAGGCUGAACUGAGCAGGCUAAAGAAUGAGAUGAGCAGCAGAGAAACUGUCAGUGUGGAAAUUGCCAAAGCAUUGGAAGAAACAAGGAAACAGAGAGAGGAAUUACAGCAGCAGGUUUCACAUCUGAAUGCUCUGAUAAAGGACAAAGACCAGCUGAUUGAUGAAAAAUGUGAUCUGCUGCUAAGACAGAAGGAAGAACUGAACCAACUCAGCCAAGACCAUGAAGCUGUCUUGCUGCAGGUGCAUCAGUUACAGCUGGACAUAGAAGCAAGGCAGAGCCAAGCAGUGGAGAUAGAGGAAACAGCAAGAAAGGAAAUUGAUGAGCUGAAGCUGCAGGUACAGGAGUGCCUGUUGGCCAGAGAGCACGAGAAAAAUGUUUUAGAGCCGGAGGAAUCGACCAGGGCCUUGAACAAUGAGCAUUUGCCUUCUCCAGAAAACUCUGUGGUGGAGCAGAACGGAGAGGUGGCAGCUGCAGAUGUUGUUCAACUUCAGAAGGAUAACAGAGAGCUGGAACAGCAAAUUGCUGAGAAAAACAAGAUGAUAAAGCAACUUCAGCAAAGAAUGGCAGAACUGAAGAAGACUCUCCAGAAAGAGCUGAAAAUAAGGCCUGACAGUGAGGUCCCUGAGCUACGUGCAAAUCCUGAAGUGCCUAAUGCUUCUGUGACUGUCACCAACAACUCUGACUUGAACGACUCGAGGGAGAUAAACUUCGAGUACCUCAAACAUGUUGUACUAAAGUUCAUGUCCUGCAGGGAGUCUGAGGCAUUCCAUCUCAUUAAAGCUGUGUCUGUGUUACUGAAUUUUUCACAAGAGGAAGAAAACAUGCUCAAAGAAACUCUGGAGUACAAGAUGUCCUGGUUUGGGUCAAAGCCAUCUCCCAGAGGCAGCAUCCGGCCGUCCAUCUCGAGCCCGAGGACUCUGUGGCCUUAAGGGAACCCGAAGGUGGCAGGCAGUAUCCAGGCACUUCUUUCUGUGAAAAGAAUGCUGAACACACUGCUCCAGGUGUGUCUUAAUCACUGUCAUUGCAGUAUUUUGUACAAGAACUUCUGGCUCUGUUUACAAACCUAAUGCUGUGCAAGGAGACAUUUUCACUACAGACUGGAACAGCUCUGGGACCCCUCAGUGUCUGUGAUGGGAGCAGCUCCUUGUGCUCAUCCUCCUGGGCUCCUGGCACCUGAGGGUUCUGGGCACCUCGCUGGCAGCAGGGCUGCCAGGUCAGUCUCUUGGCGUGGUGAUUCCAGCUGCUGUUCCAGGGUGCUGCAGUCCGGUGCCUCUGGGCACAGAAAAGCUGCUUGUCUGGCUGUGGGAAGCCAGCAAUGAGAAAUGUGUUGGCAGAACAGUGUUGAGAGCGGGAUGGUUUGCAAAGCCUUUCACAGGACAGGAGCAGGAGCUUUAACCAAAAAAGAACUCUGCCUUGCCUUCUAAUACUGACAUUAACUAAUGGUUGGCGUUUUUUCAUAUCACUGUGUAAUUUAAGGUGCAUUUAUCCUGGCCUGCAGUCCUCAAGGCUGCAUGUUGAUGAUUAUUUAAUUUGAGAGCACAACUUUAGAGUUGUCUGAUUUUACUUUUCUUAAAGAAAAAUAAUAUUUAAAAUGGUCUUAAUUAUAGUACCUAAUCCUCAGUCGCCUUUAAAACUAAUCUGUUAGCCUGUUCCAUGGGUUGUUAGCAGUGGGAAAAGGGGUAGGAAACCAUUUUAAAUUUUUAAAGCUGAGUUCCAGGUAUUGUAAAUCCACACUGAAAAAUACCUUUUAUUUAAAAAAAAUAAAAAUCUAGCUACAAAGGGUGAAGAAUGCUGGUACUAAACAUUUUGAUUUUUUUUUCUUCCAAGUCUGCUAGCAACAAACCCUUAUAACCAGGAUCUGUCUCUUUGGUUGUGGUUUUCUGUACUUCAAAUACUGAUGCUUAAAAACUGUUAUGAAUAUGUUAACUGUUAACUCCUGACUAUUACGUUAUAAGAAAUGCUGCUCUUGAGGGGUUUGGGGGCAAAAUUCAACUCUUAGUGAACGAGUUGUGGUUCCAGCAGCUUGUUUUCCUAAUGCAAUAAGGACAGGGGACCAAGGUGGCACUUCCUCCCUGGAAGCACAGUUUUGCCCAGUUCUUAGCACCACUGCAAAAUCUGGAUCCAAAUGGGAAGCAGCACUAAGUCUGAUUUCUGAAAACUGAGGCCUAUUUCCAAAAAUCUCCACAUGUGUGGAAUUCAGUGAGGGUGCUGCAGGUGGGGAAUUCUCUUACAAGUUGAUGCUUCUGUUAAAUAUGUUCAGGAUAAUUCAAGCUUUCUCCAGAGGAGCUCCAGCAGGAGUGAAUGUGCUGAUCCAGAGGAUCCAGAGCCUGCUGCUGUCCCAGGCAGCCCCACCCCAGACACAGGUACUGCCAGGAGCUGCUGCUGGGCACAGGUGCUGCUCCUCACUUAGAGCCUGGCUGCAUCUGUCUGAAGUUAAGAAAACCAACAGAUUUUUUUGGUACACUAAAGCUUGUCCAAACAGCCUUUAGUAACCUGAUUCAUGGCACUUCCAGACAGGAGAGAGCAUGGAAGGGUUCAGCCCUGCUCUGCUGUGAAAACAGACAGUCAAAAAGUACAUUUAUUUCAAUUGUUUCUCUACUGAGAUACAGCGGGGUGGAAUAACCCUGGGAGGAUUCUAUUCUGUGAGACCUUUUCCUUUCUCAUGUCCCUUUGCCCUGCCCUGUUUGUGUGGGACCAGGGAUCAGGACUCCCCCUGCUCCCUGCUGAAUGGCUGCUGGGUUUAUGCUGGUCCUGGCUUCAAAGGUUACUGCUGAACAGUAAGGAAAGCAGGACAGGCAGCCUGGAACGGAGUGACAAAGUCAAAUCUUAUGUUAUGUAUUCACUAACAACUUCAGUUUCAGAUCCCAAAGCUCAUAAAGGAUCAACUUGCCAUAACCUAGUUCUUAAGUGUUGAAUUUUCCUUAGGUAUCAGAGCAAGACUGGUGUGUAUACAUGUAUUAAAAAGCUAAUGCACUUUCCCUUGUCUCAGAACAGUGGUUAUACAUAAUCCUUUCUAUCACCAUUGGACUUCUUUCCUUCUAUGCUGUAAAUAUGGAUUGUAUGAUGAAACACUAUGAAAUUUGUGGUGCAAUACAUUUUGGAUCAAACCCCUAA